UUCCGUGUUUGAUUACUCUGUGUCCGUUUGCUCAGGUCUGCGCUGAGUGACAUAAAGUCGAAACAUAAUCUCGGCGCAGCUGAGAGAGGGAGAGUGUGUGUGUGUGUGUGUGAGUGAGUGAGAAAGUGAGUGAUGAGUGUGUGUGUGUGUGAGAGAGAGUGUGUGAGCGCAGAGAUGAGAUGAGCGCAGAGAUGCCGCGCUACGAGCCCAUGCAGCAGCAGCAGCAGCAGCAGCACCGUGCUGAUGUCACCAGCAGUAGCCGGACGGAGCGUCACACACACUGCUGUUGUUGUGCAGGAGCGCAGUGAUGAUGGCAGCAGCACACACACAUGUACACGCGUGUAUAAAAUGUCCGGAGAAACAGUGGAGAUAAACAACUGUUACUCUACGUGAAGGUAUGGCCUCACAAGUCUCGGUCUACCCACCACAUGUUUAUCAAACUCAGACAAGUGCCUUUUGCAGUGUGAAGAAACUUAAAGUCGAACCCAACAACUGUGUUUACCAUGAGAGGGCUUUCCCACUGACUUUUUUGAAUGGUAGAGCUCUUGGCAUCGGACAGCCAACGAAAUUUGCCCCGACAUACAAGACACGGGACUUUGCAGCGGGCAGACACCGUGGGGACUUUCCAGUGCAGACUGUCGCUGUACAAGGGGUACAACGACAACCAACCAGUGCAGCAGCACAUCACCAAGACAGAGGUGUCCCUUUACAGGGCAAAGAACCGAAACAUCUGGAAAAAGGCAGGAGCAGCAGUGGAGCUACAGGGGCAUCUGGAGGGGUCAGGGGUGCGGACAACGGGAGUAGUGGGGGAGGAGGAGUUGCCGGUGGAGGGAACGACGAGUACAAGGAAGUAGACAACUGUAGUUCUAACUUGGCAGACGGUUCCCAGCGAUGUGGUUUGAAACGUAAGAGCGAGGAGUUGGAGAACCAGGGAAACGCCAUGCAGAUAGUAGAGGACCUGUCAAUGUUGCCUGCAAUGUUGCAAACGAACGUGGGGAACCCGCCAGUCGCGGUCCCGGCAGCCGUAGCAACGGGACCAGUCAAACAAGUAGGUGGAAAUGGGAACGGAGAUGGUGAUUACCAGCUGGUGCAACACGAGGUGAUUUGUUCAAUGAAGAACACCUACGAGGUGCUGGACUUCCUUGGCCGUGGUACCUUUGGUCAGGUGGUCAAAUGCUGGAAACGAGGCACCAGCGAGGUGGUGGCGGUAAAGAUCCUGAAAAGUCACCCGUCCUACGCGCGACAAGGCCAGAUCGAGGUCGGCAUCUUGGCCCGUCUGAGCGGAGAGAAUGCGGACGAGCAUAACCUGGUGCGGGCUUUCGAGUGCUUCCAGCACCGUAGCCAUACCUGCCUUGUGUUCGAGAUGCUUGAGCAGAACCUAUACGAUUUCCUCAAGCAGAACAAAUUCAGCCCGCUGCCUCUAAAGGUGAUACGGCCCAUUCUUCAGCAGGUUGCUACCGCACUGAAGAAAUUGAAGGCCAUGGGGCUGAUCCAUGCCGAUCUGAAGCCUGAGAACAUUAUGCUUGUGGAUCCUGUUCGACAGCCGUACCGAGUGAAAGUCAUAGAUUUUGGUUCUGCCAGCCAUGUCUCCAAAGCCGUUUGUUCCACGUACCUCCAGUCGCGGUACUACAGGGCUCCGGAGAUCAUCCUGGGCCUGCCGUUUUGUGAAGCCAUAGACAUGUGGUCACUGGGCUGUGUGAUAGCCGAGCUGUUCCUGGGCUGGCCCUUGUACCCUGGGGCUCUGGAGUACGACCAGAUCCGCUACAUCUCCCAGACACAGGGUUUACCUGGAGAGAACCUGCUGAAUCUGGGGACCAAGACAUCCCGCUUCUUCUGCAGAGAGUCCGACUCCCCGUACGCUGCAUGGAGACUAAAGUCUACAGAAGAACACGAGGCAGAAACUGGGAUGAAAUCGAAGGAAGCCAGAAAGUAUAUUUUCAGCUGUUUGGAUGAUGUUGUGCAUGUCAAUUUAGUGCUGAAUCUGGAAGGCAGCGACUUGUUGGCCGAGAAGGUGGAUCGUGGAGAGUUUGUGCUCUUGCUAAAGAAGAUGUUAUGGAUCGAUGCGGAGAAAAGAAUCGUCCCCGGCGAAGUCCUCAACCAUCCCUUUGUCACCAUGCAGCACCUGCUGGAGUUUCCACACAGCAAUCAUGUGAAGUCGUGUUUCCACAUCAUGGACGUGUGCAGACCACGACCCGGAACCUACGACGGUGUGAACCGUAACAAAGCCUCGUUCACGAGACCGGCCACGACCUCGGCGCCCAACCUCCCUGUGCCCUACAGCAAGAUGGCUGCCAUACACACGCAACCUUUGGCUCCGUCUGCACCCUCCGUCAUACAUCCUGCCAUCCCGCUCCAGACAGGAAGUGCUCAGUUUGGGGACUCGUUUCAGCAAGCGCUCAUCAUCUGCCCCCCCGCACUACAAGGUCUCCCCCCCAACCCCAACAAGCCGGCGGGUUACUCCGUGCGAAUGGAGAGCACGGUCCCGCUGGUGACCCAGGCGCCCACCAUCCAGCCUCUGCAGAUCAGACCAGGUGUCAUCACACAGACCUGGUCCAAUCGGGCACAACAGAUCCUGGUUCCGACCUGGCAGCAGGUGACCCCGGUGGCAUCUGAUUCUGUGGCAGGACCACAGAGGCUGGCAGAUUGGGGGAAAGUCCGGCCUCACGGGAACCACUACAGCUCCAUCUUGCCCCACCCACAACCUCUGCUAGCCAUGUCAGCGCACCAGCCAAUCAGCAUCGGCAUCGCUCAUGUGGUGUGGCCACAGCCGGCGUCCAACAAGAGAAACAAGCCCUGCGCGAACAGGACUAACUUCUCACACAACAGCAACACGCACACCACCGCGUGCCACUCCCCGAAAACCACCGACGCUCGCAAUCGCACGGAGGCAGCCGAGGGUCAGCGUCUCGCGACGGAGGAUUGUGUGGUGGAGGCGGAGUCUCGGGAGGAGGAGGAGGAGCCACCGUGCUGUAAGGUGGAGCUGGAGGCAGAGUCGAACAGGCUGGGCGUGUCUGAGACUCAGAGGCAGGCCGCGACGGCCGACACCCCGAGUCCAGCAGGCAGCGUGAUCAGCAUCAGCAGUGAUGAAGAGGAGGAUGAAGAGGAGCAGGGAGCACAGAAGCACUCAGUAGAGUGUAAAGGCAGUCCGGAGUGUGAGGCAUGUCAGAGUACACUGAAUAUGGAUCGAGUUUGUUCUCUCAGCAGUCCUGACUCCAGUCUCAGUACCAGUUCAUCAGCAUCAGUGCAGUCCAGCACCUCACCCUGCAAGAGACCCAACAGCAUGUCUGAGGAUGAGCGAGAGAGCGGCUGUGAUACGGUAGACGGCUCUCCUGCCACAGACUCGUCGGGUCGAGCCGACAGUCCGUUCCUGGAGAGCAGCUACAUCGCUGAUGGGAAUCAGAACUAUAAAAGCCACGUGAGCGCAGAGACAGAGAUGAACAAAGUCCCUGUAAGGACCAUGGUGGUGCCUCCAAUGAGGGUGCAGAAUAACAACAACGAACCUGUGGCCAGGACGGAGCCGUCGUGUCAGUCGAAAGGUCGCGUGGGUGCCGUCAGACAGCCUCAUCACCACGUCUCUCUCCUGAACCCACCACAGAAACUCAUCCCUCCAUCCCAACCACCACCACCACCACCACCACCUUUCGGGCAGCUCCAACAUCCCGCGUCGUCUCACCCAGAAUGGAACGGCAACUACAGCCACCGGCGCCCUCAGGCUUUCAUCCCCCCCACGGUGCACGGCCACGCCUUCACCCUUCCUCACGGCAGCCCCACCCACUCCGCGGCCCAUCCUCCCUGCCCACCCCUGAGCAUCGUCCACCCCCACGCACAGCCCGCGCUGCUCUCGUACCCGCAUUCGGCUUCUCUGGUGCCCACUGGCCCCAUGUCGCACCUCCUGCCCUCACCUGGUACUACACGGAGCCACGUGCUCCUUUCGCACCCGGCCAGGCACCUGGUGCACCAAGUGAGCGUGGGCAUCAGCGCCCGCCUCUUGCCCUCGCCCACGCUCCACCCUCAGGGCCAAUUCAAACCUUUGUUCCCUUCACACUCGUACAUCGCUUCUCCCGCCUAUGCAGGCUUCCCGCUCAGCCCCACCAAACUCAGCCAGUACUCCUACAUCUGACGGCCGCUCGGCGCGGGCAGCCCGUCUACCCCUGCGUCCCGUCGGGCCGUCACACAGGAACCACAAUCCAUUCGGUGUUCAUGCCCCUAGCCAUGGCACAGACAACAACACAUACAAGCUGUUUUUUUUUUCUUUUUCUGAACCACGUCAACUCGGGUGCAAUCGAACUUUAAUCGAGCUUUAAAAAAACAGAACGAAUGUUUAGACGGUAUUUCGCAAGUCGGUGAAGAACGCGAAGAGGAAAAGAAAGUACGGACGGAAAAAAAAAAGACGAUGUGUUUUGCACAUUUUCUACAACAGAUUUUCAAAUCCUCCAAACAGGUGAAUAAAUAAAAAGGAGGUGCCAAAAAAAAAAAAAGAUUUAAAACGAAAAAAUCAUGAAACCAUGAUUCCUACUCCUCUUCCUCCUCCUCUUCCUCCUCCUCGUUCCCUCUCAAAUCUAUUUUUCUAUAUUGCCUUCUGAAUAGUGUGAGACACAUCUGUUUGUAAAGCCACCCCAGUAUCCCGGUCAUGAGCCCCGACCUGCACAUAACGUCCGUGUGGUGAUGUUCUGCCUUUUCAGAGUAUUUAUACCGGUGUGGUUUCGGUGUCGAGUCACUUAAUCGGAUCAGACGAGCGGUCGUCCUUCACGCUGCAUGUGUUCUUGCAUGAGCCGCAAACGUCGUGUCAGAUCGGAUCGGAGAGAUGCCGAUAGAUGUCGCUCUUAAACGUUCCAGUCACGACACUCGCUGCAUCGUUUCAACACGUCCUCAGCCAUAGUGCCUUAAAUAUUUGAGGUUGAUCAUGUUACUACUUAUAGAAAUAUUAAUAUAUAGAUAUACGAAUAGAAAUCGACGUCUCGGACCGCAAGCACUUGAAAUUCAGAUCGGUCCGUGCGUCCUGCGUGUGUAUACGCAAAGGUGUUCGCUUUCAUACCUGAUUUGAUUUGGCAUGGAUGUGUCGCAUUGCACAAAAAUCAGUUUUCGGAUCUGAAACGUAAUCGUUUUUUUUUUUUUGUUUUGUUUAUUUUCGUUCGUUUUCCCCUCCCCCUCGUUUGUUCCGCGAGGACGGCAUGCUUUCCGCCGUAGCGAGACGGUCGCUGUCGGGUCCGUGUCUCUUUUAUAACCUCCGACCCCGUGUACAAAAAGCAAGCAUCGAAUACCGCUUAAUGUUUGAUAAUCGAUUUGUACUAAGUGGAGAAAAUAUAAGAGAAUUAAAAUGACUACGAACAGUUUGUACCGUUUCACCGAACCGCAAUACAAUCGAAAUCGUCGUCGAUUCUCGGACGUCUGUAGGUUUGCGUUUUUUUUGUUUGUUUGUUUGUUUGUUGUUGUUGUUCGUUUGUUUUUUUUCCCUUUCUGGUUUUUCUCGUUUUCUUUUAAGACUCUUCGAGUUUUUGUAUUCUAGAUGUGUAGACAUGUGGUGGGCAUGGCUUUGACUAGAUGAUGAAAUGCAAAUAGGUCUCUGAUUCAUGGUUUGGAUCUUUAGCCUGACAGACAGACCAUGCAGUAUUUGGAAUAUAAUCUAAUCUAAUCUAAUCUAUAUGUACGGUAUAUCUCCUAGAGCUAGUUCUAUUUAGCGCCGAAGCUUGACGAGGUGUGACUUGAUCUUGUGCAAUCUUCUCAUUUAUGCAUGUGUGAAACGAUUUAACGUGUUUUCUUUGGAUAUCCCGUACCGCGUUCAGCGCUCACUGGUGUCGACUGCUUAUUUUCUACAUUCCGUCAGGGAGAUAAUAAUAAUAAUACGUACGCUUCGUGCAGAUUUCUCGAUUUGUCGUUUCGGUUUUCGUUGUGCGUGCGCGUGCUUUUAUUUCGAAUAUACGGUUGCUUGUGCAGCACCAAAGACUGUAAUCCGUAACGAAUUCGUUUUCUAAGCAAGGUAGCUACUCUCCCUGCAUAGACCUCAUGUAUACUGUAGUAAGUCUAGUCCUGGGGUAUGUUUUUAAGACUAAACGGAAAUGUAUUUGAAAUACGGCUUAGGUUAGAGCGUUAGGUUUAGCUUUUCCGAGCAAGUAAUAAGACGCAUCAUCUAUCUUGAAUGUAUCCUAGAUAAGCUGCUAUAUAAUUAUUGCCACUUCA